AUGGAGACCGCCAGUAAAAUGAGCCUAGCAGCUCUACAACAACAAGAUCCGUAUAUCAACAAACUUCUCGAUGUUACCGGACAGGUAGCACUGUACACAUUUAAUUCCAAAGCAAAUGAAUGGGUAAGUUCGCCAAAGGAGUCGCUAGUUUAUUCUGUUAACUAAAGGUAGCUAGCUAGCUAACUAUCUACCUUGUCCCAAGAUGUACUCUUAAGGAGCCUACCGUUACUCCUAAUGUUCAAGGACCGUAUGUUAUUUUCAGAGGUAGACUGGCUCUGGCAGCCAAAAUAGCCAAAUACGCUAUCUAAACGUGAAUCGAAUCGCAAUUGCGAUACGGUUGUAGAAACAUAAAGCCUUUUGCUUUCAUAUCACAUCAAAAUACAGUCACAAAUGCUAAAUAUACACUUACUGUACACAGUUUUUUGCCGGCUUUAUCACAAUUGCAGCUGACAGUAUUUUUCAGUGACCACCUUUCUGGCGGCCUUCUUCCAUUACACAUAGGUAUUUGGAGCAUGUUAGACAGCUAAUUAGUACUGUAUUAUGUCUGUAAACACGCGCUGUAACAUGGAGAUAUGGCCGUGUGGGAACCCUAAGCCUAUAAAUGUGUGUAUCAAUUUAACCUUUUGUUUUUUUUACAAUUAUUUAUCGCAGAUAUGCAAGAUAAGGUCCCCAUGCUUCCAAAAUCGUACCGCUAGCGAUGCGUGUUAAUCUUCAGACUGACUGUCAUAGCUAUUAACAAUCCCCCCCCUACAGAACAAGACACUUUCGUCCAAUGAAAAAAAUAGUUAUAAAUUGCUGAGGUGUACUCACUUUUGAGGACACAAGCUCAAGUACAUAGUACAAAUAUUAGGACAAAUCAUAGCUAUGAUUUUUUUCUCCCUGUUCAAAAGUGUGGCAAUAGGGCUUGGAAUGACUGAAAUGCUUUCUAGAUAUAGUAACAAUCACAUUAUAAAUGACUUACUAUAAGAGCUCUCAUAACUGUCAAAUAAAUAUCAUACUUAAUGACAGUACAAUAUUGGCACUAUUUCUUAUAACUGUCAACAGAGAAUUUUCUCCUAAACGUCCACUGAGCGGCACAGAGACGCCAUUCAAAUGUGCGCAGACUCGUUACAACUUCAGCUUUAAGCACAUAGUGAUUUUGUCCUGUCUAUGACCAAGAGAAAGUGCUGUUCUUUAAAUUCUAUGAAAUUAUUCUGUAUUUGUUCAUGCUGAGAGCUCUAAAUCCGGCUCAGAAUAUCAGUGACCACAAUGGCUGGACUUACUACACUGUCACCGUUCAUUUGCGGUCUCCCAAGCUGGGCUCACUCGCUAAGAGGAAGAGAUAAUCGAUUCUUUGUCUGGAUAGGCCAGCAAAUGACACAUCACUCCCUAUUCAAAUGUGGGGUCUGAAACCUGACACUUCAAGUCAGAUCUGCUUGGAGAGUGGAAACUGAGAGCAGACAGAUGGGUCUGUUUGGCAUUCGCAGAGUGCCUUGUACACAAAUGUCAGUCGGAGCCAGUUCAGAACUGCUCAAAGUUCUCCAUAUGGUUAUUUAGAGAGUUUUGCCAGGUUUUAGAACGGCCGCCAUGUUAGCGGCUGUUCUAAGUUAGCUAACAGGUUUUAAGUUAGCUAACUAGCUAGUUUGCUAGAUAACUAUUGUCUAGUUCGCUAACAUUAGCUACGUUUGCUUGCUAACUACAGUGGGGAGAACAAGUAUUUGAUACACUGCCGAUUUUGCAGGUUUUCCUACUUACAAAGCAUGUAGAGGUCUAUAAUUUUUAUCAUAGGUACACUUCAACUGUGAGAGAAGGAAUCUAAAACAAAAAUCCAGAAAAUCACAUUGUAUGAUUUUUAAGUAAUUAAUUUUCAUUUUAUUGCAUGACAUAAGUAUUUGAUACAUCAGAAAAGCAGAACUUAAUAUUUGGUACAGAAACCUUUGUUUGCAAUUACAGAGAUCAUACGUUUCCUGUCUUGACCAGGUUUGCACACACUGCAGCAGGGAUUUUGGCCCACUCCUCCAUACAGACCUCCUCCAGAUCCUUCAGGUUUCGGGGCUGUCGCUGGGCAAUACGGACUUUCAGCUCCCUCCAAAGAUUUUCUAUUGGGUUCAGGUCUGGAGACUGGCUAGGCCACUCCAGGACCUUGAGAUGCUUCUUACGGAGCCACUCCUUAGUUGCCCUGGCUGUGUGUUUCGGGUCGUUGUCAUGCUGGAAGACCCAGCCACGACCCAUCUUUAAUGCUCUUACUGAGGGAAGGAGGUUGUUGGCCAAGAUCUCGCAAUACAUGGCCCCUUCCAUCCUCCCGUCAAUACGGUGCAGUCGUCCUGUCCUCUUUGCAGAAAAGCAUCCCCAAAGAAUGAUGUUUCCACCUCCAUGCUUCACGAUUGGGAUGGUGUUCUUGGGGUUGUACUCAUCCUUCUUCUUCGUCCAAACACGGCGAGUGGAGUUUAGACCAAAAAGCUCUAUUUUUGUCUCAUCAGACCACAUGACCUUCUCCCAUUCCUCCUCUUGAUCAUCCAGAUGGUCAUUGGCAAACUUCAGACGGGCCUGGACAUGCGCUGGCUUGAGCAGGGGGACCUUGCGUGCGCUGCAGGAUUUUAAUCCAUGACGGCGUAGUGUGUUACUAAUGGUUUUCUUUGAGACUGUGGUCCCAGCUCUCUUCAGGUCAUUGACCAGGUCCUGCCGUGUAGUUCUGGGCUGAUCCCUCACCUUCCUCAUGAUCAUUGAUGCCCCACGAGGUGAGAUCUUGCAUGGAGCCCCAGACCGAGGGUGAUUGACCGUCAUCUUGAACUUCUUCCUUUUUCUAAUAAUUGCACCAACAGUUGUUGCCUUCUCACCAAGCUGCUUGCCUAUUGUCCUGUAGCCCAUCCCAGCCUUGUGCAGGUCUACAAUUGUAUCCCUGAUGUCCUUACACAGCUCUCUGGUCUUGGCCAUUGUGGAGAGGUUGGAGUCUGUUUGAUUGAGUGUGUGGACAGGUGUCUUUUAUACAGGUAAUGUGUUCAAACAGGUGCAGUUAAUACAGGUAAUGAGUGGAGAACAGGAGGGCUUCUUAAAGGAAAACUAACAGGUCUGUGAGAGCCGGAAUUCUUACUGGUUGGUAGGUGAUCAAAUACUUAUGUCAUGCAAUAAAAUGCAAAUUAAUUACUUAAAAAUCAUACAAUGUGAUUUUCUGGAUUUUUGUUUUAGAUUCCGUUUCUCACAGUUGAAGUGUACCUAUGAUAAAAAUUACAGACCUCUACAUGCUUUGUAAGUAGGAAAACCUGCAAAAUCGGCAGUGUAUCAAAUACUUGUUCUCCCCACUGUAUGUUGUGCAAAGUACCAACGCUGUAAGCUAGCUGCUAGCUAGCCAUCAGGGCCCCAUUCAGCAGGACACAGCGGUGUACAAUGUUUGAUUUAAUGGAAACUGUGCUGUUCUGAAUGAUCAGUUCGCGCAGCUGCAGUUUUUUGUGUGGUUUCACACAAAACAUUUCACAGCCAUAUUGAUCAGGCCACACCCACCUAACGGGAUCAAAGCAUACCUUAUGCUGCGUUCACGUCAUGUCAGAAACUCAGAAAUGUUUGACUUGCUUACUUGUUGAAGAAAGAUGACACCUGAGUUUCCCCACUUGGGAAGUAUCAGAAUCAACCAAUGGGAAGCUCUACGCAAGUAACUUACAUUAAUUUUAACUCAGAGUUUCCAACAAGACGUGAACGCAGCAUUAAUCUCAGUUAACCCAGAACUAAAGUAUUGCGUAAUUGGUCAGUAUGGGUCCAUACUUGUUAAGAGAAGAGACAGAAUGAGGAUCGGAACCGGAACGAAUAGCUCCACCCUCUCUCUUUGCAAGUCUAUCGGCCAAAUGUCCAAUCCCCUUCCGAAAUUUGAAAGAUGCUAACACCUGGGAAAUCAUGAUUUGUCGAAAGCACUGGAACUAAUGCUGCUUGUUAUCUCACGCAUCCCGUUGUUUCAUGACAGAUCUACGGUACCAUUUGUGUUUAAGUAGUCUGUCCACGAGAGAUUAACCAUACCUUAAAGACGGUUGAAGAACCGUUUGGGGGAACUUGUCAUUCAGUACAACCGUAACGCAACGUAGUAAAACAUUUAAUGAACGCACCCCAGACCAAAUAUCAGACUUUUUGCAUGCAGUGGUUAUUCUUCUUGUACUUGAUGAUUGAUUAAUGUUCAGCAAGUUCAAGUUGUAAUUUUUCUGCGCAAUUUCCAUUUCAGGAAAAGACCGAAAUCGAGGGCACCUUAUUUGUUUAUGCCAGGUAAUUUAUUUGUAUCAGUUAUGUGGUGACCUUUUUUGAAGGGGGCACUGUGUUGCAAAGAUGCUUAACUAACCCCUUUUUUUAUCUGUGGAUGUUGUCUCACCACAUGUCCUCUCUCCUUAAUACAUGUGCCUUUAUAUUGUCCAUAUGUCUAUGGCUCCCUAAGUGAUCUCUUCCCUCUCUCUCCUCACCUCCACCCCUCCCUGUUACUCUCUAUAACUGAAUCACUCUUUGCUUUUCUCUUUCUUUUUUUGAGACAUGAAAACAUGUAGCCUAAUAGUCUGUCUCCAUUGUGCUCAAUAACCUGUCCACAGGUCUGCUUCCCCUCAUCAUGGCUUCACAAUCAUGAAUCGGCUAAGCACAGAGAAUCUUGUGGAGCCCAUCAACAAAGACCUUGAGUUUCAGCUCCAAGACCCCUUCUUGCUGUACAGAAACGCUAAC